CGAGUCGAUACCACAUUCAUUGCUCCUCCGUGCAGCAUCACGCUACUACAGAGUCAUACUUUGGUUCUUGGCUGUUAAAGUUUCAAGCAUCCUCGGCAGUAAUGCACCCCUCAGGAGGCACGUGAUAUAUACCUUCUCAUAAGAUACCUACCUCCCUAUCUACCGGUCGUAGGUAGAUACUCAGCACAGUCUCACCCCUCGCCGGCCAAGGGAAGCCCAUUGCGUGAAAGCAUCGUGCGUGGACGAGUGUGAACGAAAGGGCAGGGCCGGCUUCCCGAACAUGAGCAAGCUCUAUUUUGGCGGAGACUCGGGAAGUGUCUCCUCGGAUGAUGAAGACAACCUCCCCUACCCCGAAGCCCUCCCGCGGAGUGAUUUUCUCUCCCCGGAUUUUGACGCACCGACAUAUCUCUCCACAUUAUCAGACCGGCAUCAAACGCUGGAAGACCUCCGCUCUGAUCUGAGAGAACGCUCGCAAGCCUUGUCAAAAGAGCUGCUGGAUCUCGUCAACACCAAUUACGAGCAAUUCCUGAGUCUAGGGUCCGACUUGAAGGGGGGCGAGGAGAGAGUAGAGGAUGUUCGGGUGGGACUGCUGGGCUUCAAGAGAGGCGUUGAGGAUGUCAGGGGAAAGGUGAGGGAGAGGAAGCUUGAGGUCGAGGGUUUACUUGCGGAGAAGAAGAUUAUCAGUAGGGAGAUUGCCCUUGGAAGGAAGCUCUUGGAAGUAGAUGCGAGAUUGGAGGAGCUGGAGGACAGAUUGAUGGUCUCUUCUCUUGGUCGUAGCACCAAUGGCCUUGAUGAUGAGGAUUCCUGGAGUGAUAGCGAGGCCGAGGAAGACGAAGAGGAGAACCCCACGGCUGAUGACAUCGGUGGAACCAGCACGAGAAAGCUAGAGCGACUUGUGGUCGACUAUCGCCAGGUUGAGCACUUGUUAAACAGCAUUGGGAAAGACCAUCCCUUCAUUGCUGCUCAAGACCCACGCAUGCAGCGGGUGAGGAACACCAUCCUUCUUGAUCUUAGCACAGCAUUGAAGCAGACCGCGGCUGUGGGUGACCGCGGAAAGUCGCGACUAGUCAAGAUAUUGAGUAUCUAUCGACACCUAGAUGCUGAUACAGAGGCCGUCAAAGUCUUGAAAGACUUGAAAUCAAGAUAGCACUGGGAGUUCAAGCAUAGCGUUGGAGUUCGCGGUUUAUACCAGGAGACAAUGAAUUAUAAUACAGUCUUAUAUCUACAAUCGUACAUGCUAUGAAGUAGAUAGGUCCCGAGGCUGGACGUCCGAUUUGAGAUCUCUGAAUUCCCCAUUCAGAGGAAAACCGGGUGCGUUCGUAGAACUCAACACUACCUCCGCCAACUCCUUGUUUAUCCUGUCGCUUAAUUGAGCCAUAUCCUUCUUCACAGCGUCGAGGAAAGUCUUGAUAUUCAGUGCGA